CCCCGCUCCCCUCCCGCUGACACAAUAGUGGAUCCAAGAUGGCGGAUGCGGGUGCAGCCAGCUUACCUGAGGGAGACUCGGCGCUGCCGCCUCCUCCCCCGCCGCCGCCUCCUCCCCCGCCUCCUCCUCCGCCGGAGGAGCAAGAGCUGAACCGGCGCCUCCGCCGACUCUACCCGGCCGUCAACCCGUCCGAGACGCCGCUGCCGCGCGCCUGGAGCCCCAAGGACAAGUAUAGCUACAUCGGCCUCUCCCAGGGCAACCUGCGCGUCCACUACAAAGGACAUGGGAAAAAUCACAAGGAUGCUGCUUCUGUCAGGGCUACCCACCCCAUCCCCGCAGCCUGUGGAAUCUAUUACUUUGAAGUGAAGAUAGUUAGUAAAGGAAGAGAUGGGUACAUGGGAAUAGGACUCUCUGCUCAAGGUGUCAACAUGAACAGACUUCCUGGUUGGGACAAGCAUUCUUAUGGCUAUCAUGGCGAUGACGGACACUCCUUCUGCUCAUCAGGGACAGGGCAGCCCUACGGCCCCACUUUCACUACUGGCGAUGUAAUUGGCUGCUGUGUGAACCUCAUCAACAACACCUGCUUCUACACAAAGAAUGGACACAGUUUAGGUAUAGCCUUCACAGACCUUCCUGCCAAUCUAUAUCCCACUGUGGGGCUCCAGACACCCGGAGAGAUUGUGGAUGCCAACUUUGGGCAACAGCCAUUUGUGUUCGACAUUGAAGACUAUAUGAGAGAGUGGCGAGCAAAGAUUCAGGGCACGAUUAAAAGGUUUCCCAUAGGUGACCGGCUAGGGGAAUGGCAAGCCAUGCUACAGAACAUGGUCUCUUCCUAUCUGGUACAUCAUGGAUAUUGUGCUACAGCCACUGCCUUUGCCCGGGUGACAGAAAGUACAGUCCAGGAGGAACAGGGCUCCAUAAAGAACAGACAAAGAAUACAAAAGCUGGUUUUGGCAGGAAGAGUAGGUGAAGCCAUUGAAGCCACACAGCAGCUCUAUCCAGGGCUUCUAGAGCAUAACCCUAACCUCUUAUUCAUGUUAAAGUGCCGGCAGUUCGUGGAGAUGGUGAAUGGAACAGACAGUGAAGUGCGCUUUUUCAGUACCCGCAGCCCCAAAUCACAAGACAGCUACCCUGAUUCCCCCAAUCUGAGUCCCCGACAUGGCUCCAAUAAUUUGCACAUCCACGUCACUGGAGCAGACAGCCCAAGCUGUAGCAAUGGGGUUACCUCCAUCAAAAGCAAACAGAGCCACAGUAAAUAUCCUGCACUGAGUUCGUCCUCCUCCUCCUCUUCCUCCUCAUCCCCUUCAUCCGUGAACUACUCAGAGUCCAACUCAACAGAUUCUACCAAAUCCCAGCAACACAGCAGCACUAGCAACCAAGAAACCAGUGACAGUGAAAUGGAAAUGGAGGCGGAGCACUAUCCCAAUGGAAUCCUGGAGAAUUCAGCCACCCGAAUAAUGAAUGGCACUUACAAGCACGAAGAAAUUCUACAGACUGAUGAUUCCAGCAUGGAAGACGGCUGCCCUCAGAGGCAACUCUGCGGAGGGAACCAUGCUGCCACCGAGCGGAUGAUCCAGUUCGGGCGGGAGCUCCAGAUCCUCAGUGAGCAGUUAUGCAGAGACUACGGCAAGAACACAACCCACAAAAAAAUGUUACAGGAUGCAUUCAGCUUGUUAGCCUACUCUGACCCUUGGAGCUGUCCAGUCGGUCAGCAGCUGGAUCCAAUCCAGAGGGAGCCUGUGUGUGCUGCACUCAAUAGCGCUAUUUUGGAGUCUCAGAACCUGCCAAAGCAGCCCCCCCUGCUGCUCGCCCUGGGCCAGGCCUCGGAGUGCUUGCGACUCAUGGCUCGCGUGGGCCUGGGCUCCUGCUCCUUCGCCAGAGUGGACGACUAUUUGCACUAGCCACUGAGUGAGGCAGAGUGACCCCUCCAGUUGCUGCCCUUUCACCUCUUCCUGCCUUGCGGUUCCUCACCUGCGCCUGCCCUCCACCCGCUGCCCAGCAGAAGGACACAGUGUUGACUCAGGCGGGAGGGGAGGAGGAGGAGGAGAGGACCCUUGACGCGCCUUCGUUGCUCGCCCUGAAAACUGCUCGCAGGGCCCCCCCUGCCCCCUCACCCCACCCCGCCCUCCCAUCACGACCGCAUCCUGCUCUGCCCCACAGCACUUGGCCUUCUCACUGGUCCUUCUGAUGUAGCGCCUUCUGACUUUACGAUUCUACCCUUUAUUUUAUUAUGUUAUUUUAUUUCUCUGACUGAGCCACCAGUAUUUAUACCCGGAGAGUUUGUGCUGAGCUGGUUUCUAAUUCUUUUAGAGAUAAAAGUGUAUCUGAGUUGGUGAUGGCCUGUUUUGCUUUUUUUUAAAAAAAACCUUUAUUUUUACGUUCGGAGAAACUUAACCGGCACGCGUGUUACUUGGACAGUAUUGUUCACUGUUGCUGGUGAAAAACCGAGAGGCUGAAUGUGCUUGUUGGAAUAUUAGCCAUGCUAUCCAAACAAAAAGUUUCAUCAUCAUCAUCUUUUUUUCUGUGCCUAUGACACACAGCCCUGAGAAACCCUACAGAUGCACCCUGGGAACUAAUCAGGGGAAAGGCUGAGAUUGGGAACGAUAAGACGACUUGUUCCCAACCGUCCCUUUAAUGGGAUGCCCUGCGAUGCUUGGAAAGAGAACUGGUGUGACCUGAGUUGUGUCCCCAUCCUCUGUGGAGAAGCAGGAACAUCUCUUAACCACAGUCAGACAUUAGGGCAUCGCCGUGGGAAUGUGUGGCUGAGCUGCCACUUCCCAAACUGCUGAUUAUUGGCCCUGCUGACCUGGGUUGCUGGGAGCUUGACAAUCUCUGGAGGAAACCCAGGUUCCCUUCUCCUUCAUCAAAGCAAGUGGUCCUAGACUUCUCCUCUGUCACAUCUGGCCACCUAUAGGCAACUCACCUCUAGCUCUUAAGACUUUGCCACAAAGAGGAAAGAGAAAGAAGGCUUGCCUGCUUCCUCAUCCUGGUACCCAAACAGCUGCCUGGAAUGGAAUCGAGGUGGAAUGGAAAACGGGAGCUCUGCGUUGGUCCAGCAUUUUCUUUCUUUUUUUUUUUCAUCUAGAGACUUCUUCCUAAGAUCUUCCCUCAUAAAGUGGAUAGAUGUCUCCAUGUCAGUUGUGAACCAGGAAAAAAUGAGUCUUCAAAAUGACAAGAAUUCCCCCCACACACACACACACAACCAGGGUUUGAGUUUGUCGAGCCAGCUUUUUAUUUCAUUGCCUCCAUGCCUUUGAUAAUUACACUGAUAGGGCAAUAGGACAACAGUCUUGUUUUUAUCCUGCUUACCUCCCCCCACACAAUUGAAAAGAGGGUAUAAAGCAAUAUUAUUCUUUUUUCAAAAGAAAAUGCAGUUUUAUUCCAAGGAAUAUAUCUUUUUUUAAAAACAAAAAAAUUGGGAAUCAUUUUCCAAACAUACAUACAUACAUACAUACAUACAUACAUACAUUAACAAUCCUUACAUAAUACUGCUAGAAUAACAGGUUGAAAACUCUCAAGUCUAAUUUAAUCUACACAAGUGAAAUUAUAUCAGCGUGUCUUUAUAGUACAGCAGAGGAAUCCCGCUGUUCUUAAAAGCUUGUUAUCACUUGAAACAUAAUUAUUGGCUUGCUGUCUACUUCAACAUUUUGCCUAGCUUUUAAAAUGUUUUUAAUUGGAAAGAUUUUUUUAAAAAAUCCAUAAGUUCAAUAGACAAGGAAUUUUAAUUAAAACCGAGCACGUGCCGAAGAUAACACGAAAGAGAGGUUUUUCUGAUGUGAUGAAGAAGAUGCUUCCAUUAAUUUAUAGUAGCAUAAAAAAGGCUUUUUUUUCCUUGUAGCCGUAAUGAAAAUAAAGCCUAUGCAUUUAUACACAAAUGCAGCCUCACCAGGUCGAUGGAACCUGGAGAAAUAAUAAGAAGGGGCAACUUCCGUUGAUUUCUGCGGAGGGUCCUACGUGAUGCCCAGCAGAGAUUAACGUUUGCUUUCAGGUUUUUUAGGUACGACAUCCCAAAUUCAGAAGACCGCACAUUACUGUCUCCUUGGCAGAUCAAGACUGAGUUUUAGUGCAAGAUGCUGAAAAGAAAAUGGGCACAUCAAAGAAUUGACUCUACGGAAAGAAAUACAAUUCCAGACUCUGGUUCCAUUUCCAUUUGCAUAAUUUGGCUGGGUGCCAAUUAGAUCGAAAUGAAAUGUUUUCUGGUUUGCACUUUCGACAAGCAGAAACAUCUAUCCCCCAUUCCUUUUGCUUCGAUGGUCAUGAAAGUUGUAUGUUAGUUGUGAUUGGAUUUUAGGUUGGCUGAUUCCUUUGAAGGCUAGUUUAAAAAUUAUAAUGCCAAGCCAUAAAAUUACGGUAUCGCCGAAUAAUUGACAACACUGUCUUAAAAGCAGAAGACUUGUUCACCAUCCAACUUUUUAAACAUCUUACAUGGCAAAUGUUUGUGUCAGCAACACCAUGAGUUCUCUUUAUCUGACUUGCUGCAUUUGCUUUUAGACUUCAUAGGAGUUUCCAGUGUUUGAAUUCCCGUUUUAAAUGUUCACCGUCUUAAGAUGAACUUCAACAAACCAAUCUCUUGCUUAUUUUGGGGAGCAGAUUUCUUUCCUGCUUUGUUUUCUCCAGUUUCCAUCUCAUUCCUUUUUCAAAGUUGCUUCAGGAAGUUUUUUUUUUUCUCUGUCUGCUGCUUCUCCCCCCCCCACCCCCCCCAAGCUGUGGCUUCUUGGCCAUCCUUUGCUUAAAAGUCAAUUGUUUUCAUGGCAGUUUUUGCACUGUAAAAAAA